GGCUUGCAAUUGGUUGAUGAAAUGGAAUAUCGUAGCUUUUAGCCAGUAGCAAAACGCCACACUUGGUGUGUUGAGUAGGAAUAUUUCGACUCAUCACAUGACCAUCGACCACUUUAGGCCAUUUUUGAUACAAGAGAGUGUUUAGUUCUCUGCAGUUUAGUGCACGGAUAAAGUUCUGUUAACUUAGGAACCUGUAAAUACUCGAAACAGUAUUCUCGAAAUGGCGGAAAAGGAUAACCCAAUUUACGGACCCUUUUUUGGAGUCAUGGGAGCUGCCUCAGCUAUUAUUUUCAGCGCGCUGGGAGCGUCGUACGGCACGGCGAAGUCGGGCACAGGCAUCGCGGCGAUGUCGGUGAUGCGACCCGAGCUGAUCAUGAAGUCGAUCAUCCCCGUCGUCAUGGCGGGUAUCAUUGCCAUCUACGGCCUCGUAGUCGCAGUGCUCAUCGCCGGCGCACUAGACGCUCCCAAGAACUACUCGCCCUACAAGGGCUUCCUGCACCUGGGCGCCGGUCUGGCGGUGGGUUUCAGCGGUCUGGCGGCCGGCUUUGCCAUCGGCAUCGUGGGUGACUCGGGAGUGCGCGGCACAGCCCAGCAGCCGCGGCUCUUCGUCGGAAUGAUCCUAAUCCUCAUCUUCGCCGAAGUCUUGGGUCUCUACGGCCUCAUUGUCGCCAUCUAUCUCUACACUAAAUAGACGAACCACCAACAAGAAGAAGAAGACGAAGUGAAACGAAGAGCGCCACCACCAUCGUAGAGAGCGUGAGAGAGAAAGAGAGAGGAGGUAGUGUUGUUUAGUUGUAGUACUGUUUGAAAGUGUGUGUGUGAGUGAGAGGGUGUGGGAGAGAGAGAGAGUGGCUGUGGUUCAGCGGAGGGGGAGGGGUAAGUUGUAGCUUGGUAAGGAUUUUUGGCAGUGUAAAACACUGGUUUUUAUAGGAUAUGAAAAGUUUGAAGUGUAAAAUCCGCUGUUUUCUGGAAGGAUUGAAGAUUUGAAGAGAUUAAGUGUAAAAUCCGAUAGACUGUUUGUUGCCAUAAAUGAUGUUGAACUAUUGUUUAUGAGCUGGAGUUAGCUCUGAGAGUGUAGUGUUCUCUAUCACUCAACCUUGGUAGACCCCUGGUUUGUAGAAGGUCCAAGUGUUGGUCUGGGGAUUUGAGGUGCAACAACUAGAAAGUCUGAUUUGGUUCCAGGGGCCUUUACUGAAAAUGGAAAUGGUUGAAUAUGUUUGGGAUUGGUUUUAUGAGUUUCUCUGUUGGAUCAAACUAGUGCUCUAAAAUGGUGCUUUUAAGGUGGAAAAUUUACAUCGAGUUUUGCAAUUUUAUUCAUAAUCGUAGGAUAAUUUGCCAGAUGAAGAUUGUGAUUAGAGUUGUAAAUUAUAAAAAAGGUUUUUGUGCUUUUGAAGGAUUUUGGAAAUUUAUGGAAAAAUAGUGUUUUAUCAAAGUCUCUCAUUUUUAAUGUUGUAGAUCGACGACGUGUCUUUCUGACUUUUAAUUGGGAAAUUAUUUAAAAAAGUGCUGAACCACAGUCGCUUUGAUUACUCUACAAUUUUACAGCUUUGUUGAACUUGAAUAGUGUGUGUGCUGCGUAUGAUGACUGAGUGUGUGCGUCUGAAUGAUUGUAAAUAUUAUUAUCAGAAACCGAAGGAAUAUAGAAGAGAAUAUUACUAAUAUUAUUAGAAGCUUGUUCUUCCUGUUUUGUUACAAUUAUUGUUUUGUUUCAUGUAUAGAAAUUUUAUUUAUGUACACACUUUCCAUUUAAUAAUUAAAUCAAUAUUGUUGUUUGAAAGGCAGCAUACAAUUAUUACAGAUUUUGUUCCGGUACCAAACUAUCUGUACAUAAUUAUAUUGUUGGAAGAAUCAGUAAACCAAUUUAUUAUAUUGAAUAUUGUUUGAAAUUAUGAGAAAUAGUGAUAAUAUUGAAAUUAAUCUUUUCCUAGAAUUUGUUAAAGUCACUUGUACACAUGCACCCGCACACACAUACUCUCUCUCUCGCUCUCCUUCUCUAUUUCCUCUCUCUUUCUCUCUCGUAAAAUUUAUUUGUAGCUGAAAAUUUGAUGAAUAAAAAGUAAUUGUGUAAAAAUAAUUAGACUCUGUUCUUCGAUCACAUCCUGUAUGUUUUCAAAGCAUAAAUAUCUGAAAAACUUUGCAUUUUUCUUGUUGUUAUAAUAUUGUUGUCUACAUAUAAUAUGUGUAUUGAAUGAUAUGUUUUGAUUUUUAAAGAUAACUAUUAUAUAGUCUAAUAACUGAAUCGAGGAUUGUUUGUUAUUGCUAUUACUCUACUGCUGAUGGUGUUGAAAAAUAUUACGCUCUGAAACUUAAUUGUUAUCCCUCCUCAGAUUCGUUAUAAAUAUUACUCCUCCUCCUCCUCCUCCUUCAUUCUCCGGUGUUUCGUCGCACCUGAGUGUGUUCUCUCUCUAUGUCUGUAUUCUCUCUUCUCUUUCGCCCCUUCUUGAGAUGAUUGGUUAUGAAUGCAGCAUAGAUAUAUGUGUUGAUAAAAUAUAUCUAGCUUUAUAAUAAAUAAAACUUAUUGCGAACAUUCCAGAAUCAGUGUAAUGUAAAUAAUGUUAGCUAACAGAAUUUUGAAGUCGAAAAAACGUUGCGUUUUGAUGCAAUCGACAUAACGUAACGUUUUACAAUAAUAAUAAUGAAGCAUUGGUGUACAGUAUAUAAAGUAUAUUUAUAUUUGUCAUAUCACACAUCAUAUAAUAUAUAAAUUUAGUAAUUAACUGUUGUUCAAAAACCAUCACUUAACGAUAUAAUUCAGUUGAUCGUUGUUGAAGUAGUUGAAACAAGUUGUUGUUUUUUUAACCGCUUUGUAAAUGUAAGCAAUAUACAAAUUUAUGCUGAAUAAAUAGCUGUUACGUUGUUUUCUGUGGAAAAAUAUUCUGUGCUAAAACAUGUAGAAGAACGACUAGACAGUUUGAAAGAUUGAUAACAAAAUACUACUAUCAAUUAACGAAAAUUGUUAGAUGUUCAAUAAACUAGUUCAUGUAUGUCGUCAUUUAAUGAUGUAAUAAAACCAAUAUUAGUAAAUUGUUGACAAUUGUUUAUUGCUGUAAACCAGAGUCAAAAUGGUAGAUAAAUUUCUGUUUGAUGACGUGUGAGAUUCUUCGUAAAAAUUCUGUAGCUGAAAAAUUCUGCACAAUUGUUGAAAUUUAACUCAUUUUAGACACUGAAACUAGGUUUGUUUGUUCGGUAGUGUAUGUAUGGUGUGAUAUGUAUGUUUCACUACAUAUUGUUUCACAUGAUGUAUGAGAGUGUAAGUAUGUGUGUGUGUGUUGCAAUUCUAUUAAUUGUAAAAUACUGUUUCGAGUUAUUUUAAGGUGUACUUAGGCCUAUAAGAUGGAGAAAUUAUUAUAAUCUAUAUAGUUUAAAUCUAUGGAAAACAGAUUCUUUAAUUUUACAAUUACUGAAUACUUGCAGCUGCCAUUACAGUUAAACGUGUUUGAUUUGUAUGAAGAUAACUCUUUAAAUUUUUAUCGAUAACAUUUAAUCUUGAAAAAACAGUGCAGAAGAAUAAUAGUAAUAUUAUUAGAGAAAGUUAAAUUUAAAUACAUAGGACAGCUAUACCAACAACCAUAUGUGUGAACAAUAAUGAUUAAUAAAGGUAUAUUUAGAAAGUUUGAA